UUAUUAUUUUCAACAGCUGUUGUCCGACACCAUAAGAACAAUAAUAAUCUCCUGCCCACCAAGCGAAAAAAAAAGACUUGUGGCCAUGAAGCACAUGACUGACUUGAGGACGUCAGGCGAGGAGGCCGGAACAAGACAUUGUCCGGAUUGUCCUCCCUACCCGGGGCGCUGUUUGCGAUGAUCCUACUUCGAGUUGCAACGGGCGCGAUUAAUACCACCGACCUUCUCUCUACUCAUACAAGGGGCCCUGGACACAUAAUCACCCUACACUCAGGUACUGUAGCAAUGUGUUCUUCUCUAGAGCAGUGUACAGUUUACCACUCGGCGCUGCUGACGCUGCUAGAGUCCAUAAUAGAUUCCUCAUGCGGAACGCUAUCUAAUCGCUGUUAUGCGCCGGCGAUUCGUCAUCAGCAAUCCGUCGCCCCCGCCGUCCGUUUUAGGCCCUUCGCCCCAAACGGAAUGCGCGUCAAAUACAUGGUUGUACCCAGGGGUUGUAGCGGUGCGGCCACAUUAAUAGGAAUAGGUGGGGGGGAGGUUGGGGGUGGAAAGUUAAGUGGGAGAAAGCUGUUUCUUUCCCUCCUUCUCCUGUCCCGGUUCCAUCCUAUCCAUGUGUACUCUGCCACCAAGAAAAAAAAAGGGAAAAAAAGACAAAGACAAAAGGGCAAGCUGACCAUCCAUCCCAUCCUACGGUGCAAAUGUGCACUGUGCAAUGGGGCAAUGGAGUAGGAUGUUUGGGGAAAGCGCAGAAAGACCCCUAAUUCAAGAACGUAA